AUGGAGGUUCCCAAGAAGGAUGAUACUCUUCUUUUGGCUGAUGAGAAGUUUGACUUUGAUCUCUCAUUGUCUUCUUCAAGUGCCAAUGAAGAUGAUGAAGUCUUUCUUGGACCUGUUGGCCAUAAAGAAAGAUGUAUUGCUGCCAGCUUAGAAUUAAAUCAUCAGAUUCCGGAAGAGCCUCCUCUGCCAGCAUCUUGGAGUCCUCUGACUGGGGAAAAGUUUGUGGAAGUUUAUAAAGAAGCUCACUUACUGGCCUUACAGAUACAAAGCAACAGCAAAGCCAAGGCGGCCCCAGCUGCCACGCCCAAAGGCCCCGGGAGCCAGGCAGUGGAAGGAUUCAUACAGGAAUCAAAACUAAAAAUACACCUCUUUGAGAGGGAAAAUGAAGCGAAGAAAAGCCCCAAGUCACUGAAGAGGGAGACGUACCACCUGCCGGACAGCCCCUCGAGGGGACCGCCGCUCUGGGGCUCCCAGCCCCCCUCGGGUGCGGCCCUGCCGGCUGCUCCUGCGCAGGCGAGCCGCCCCCAGACGCCGGGGCCACCGCACGCCUCGUGCUCCUCUUUGCCAGUGGAGCCAGGCGCUGCUCACCCUCCGGACCAGGCUGGCGCUCAGAAAAAGGUCACCAGCAAACUGCUGCUGCCCCGAGCCUCGUCUCUUAGAGGAAAAAGCAUUCCCUCGGCCCUGGAGAAGCCCAUGAAAGAGAAACCAGCUGGUCCUCCCAGGAUGAAAAUCCUAAAUGAAAAGGAUUCCCACAGCAGCGUGCCCCCUGACAAGCCAUGUGCCGCCCGGGACAUUGCUAGCUUGCCAGCUGGUGGAAACCACGUGGUCCAAGGCAAGCGGUCGCUCCCUGUUCCAAACAAGUUUGGGCUGAAGAAAACCAUGUUAAAGCCACCUGGAUGUGCUGGCAGUCUUGCAAGAAAGUCCUCCUCAGGGUCCGUCUCGGGAGUGAGUGCCAGCCUGUGUGCUUCUCCAGCGGCUGGCAAAGCGAAGCCAAGGGACCGUCCAAGCAUUCCUGCGGACAGUUCCCAGCCCAACACCAGCCAGUCGGGCAGACCGGGACUUGUCCUGCCACGGCUGUGUCUGCAGCCGGGCCCUGCAGGCGUGUCCUGCAGGCAGAGCCAGAGGUCCGGAGUUGCUGAGUCGACAGCGGAGCAGCCCAGGGCGCCCACCAGAGCAGCUCUCACCCAACCCCAGAGUCCAGGACAGGGAGGCCCCGGGCUGAACUCUCAUCUCAGUUUGUCACAAUCUUCUCAGAUGAAUAAGACCGGGAGUACAAGAAGGCGCGAUUCCUGUCUGAAUUCCAAGGCGAAGGUUAUGCCCACCGCUACAAAUCAGUUUAAAAUUCCCGAGUGUUCUACUGGUGAACCCCUGGACGGUGCGACACCAAAGUCCUGUCGGGCGCAGAGGCCGCAGUCCUGCACGUCGGUGGGGAGGGUUGCUCACAGCACUCCUGCUAGAUGGUCCUCAGCAUCGCAGAGCCUCGUAAGCAGCGUGAGGACCCCUGUGAGCAGGGGGCGCAGGUCAGCCCUGCCCACGCCUGCCAGCCGUCGACUCUCCAGCCUGCCCCUGGCGACCCCUAACACUGUGCCCAGGGCUCUGGCUUCUCCCCUGCGUGUGUCUGCUCGGCGACUUUCUUCUGAGCCCCAGAAAAAGUCUGCAGUGAGAACUGCGCCAGUGAGAGAGGGUGACAGCAGGGCCGCCGCCGGGCCCUCAGGCUGGUCCCCGGAUGGGAGCUUUCCUCCUGCGUCUGCUGUGCCACAGGCGCUUAACUUUUCUCCAGAAAAGAGUGAUUUCAUGUUUUCAAAACGUGUCACCACAGAAGUAGCACUGGACGAAGCACAGCCACCUGCAGCUACAACACCCAGUGAGGCUCUUCUCGUGGAUGUCAACCUGGAUCAGCUUAGCGUCACCCUGCGGGCUGCGGCCACACCCCUGGGCGACCUCCCGCUCAUCGACUUCUGCAAGACGCCGGAGGCGAGCGUGGCUUUGGGGUCUGGAAGCGGGCCCCUGGUCGACCUCCUGACAAACACCCCAGAUGCCGACAGGAGGGCUGUGGCCAAGCCCUGCCACGAGGUGGGACAGCUCAUAGACUUGGCUUCCCCUCUGAUCCUGCUGAGCCCCGAGGCUGACAAGGAAAACGUGGAGUCGCCACUUCUCAAGUUCUGAGCAGAAUGAAAUCCUUUGCGUUUCACUCCAAGUUACAAGAACAGUCAGUCCUAAAGUGGUUUUCCGCCCUCAGAAAUAAACUUUACGAGGAAUUGUAUUGGAAAACGUGAAACACAAAACAGAACCCUGAGUAAAGCUGCCGUGCCUGGAGCGGGGCCGUGGGGUUGGGGGGUGUUUGGCCACCUGAGGUCACUACCGGCCGAUGGCCUCCGUCCUCACGGACCCCGUCCUCACGGCCCCGCUCACACGCUGGGAGCAGAGCCACAGUCGCUCCAGGUGAAGAAUUUGUUUUGAACCUUUUGUAUGUAAAAUAGCAAGUGACUAUUUUUAAAAUUAAGUUUGUAUGAAAAGUUAAACAGUCUAGAUUAAGUUAAACUGUA